GAAUCGCAGCCUCCUCCUACUGGCCCCUCCCACUGAAACACAUACACAGACACGCAGAAAGCGGGAGACGUAUUUAAAACUUUUUGAGAUCUGUCACAGACUUUGUCAUCCCGAAAAUCGUGGCGUUUGUCGCACGAUUAAUUACUAUACUGACAGAAGAUUUCGCGAGGCUCCUUUCAGCCGAAGGAAACGUUACCGUGAACUCCCUACGAAAGUUUUCCUCAGCAUUACUGAAGAUUCGCUGAGUGUGUGGGGACCAUUCAAGAAGACACCCCGCUGCUUCUGUUUCUGCCACGUCUGGCUUCAGGAAAGCGUUCUCUUCCAGCCAUGUGGCUAACGGCACACAUACACCCUUCCACCAUCCUGUUUUUGACCCUCAGCUGCUUGGCCUCUGCAGGUCCAUUGUCUCGGAGCCCUUGUGAACUUUUGCCAGUUGGGGUGGGUCACCCGGUUCAGGCCAUGUUAAAGAGUUUUACUGCCCUAUCAGGCUGCGCUAGCCGAGGAACCACCAGUCUUCCUCAGGAGGUGCAUAUCAUCAACCUACGAAAAGGCAAUGCACAAGGAGCCAGAGAGAAACCAGCAGAGGUGGCGUUACAUCUGCGGCCCAUCCAGUCCCUGCAAAUGCACCAGAAACCACUGGUCUUUGUCCUGAACUCCCCUCAGCCAGUCCUCUGGAAGCUUCGGACAGAGAAACUGGUCUCAGGAGUCAAACGCAUCUUCCAUGUUGCAGAGGGAUCUGAAGUGCAUUUUGAGGCAGGAAAUUUCUCUGAGUCGUGUGAGGUGAAGUUGGAAAAUCUUCCUCAUGGCAAUGAGCACCUGCUUUCCUGGGCCCAUCAUCGUUAUCGUGCUGUUACCUCUUUCAGCGAACUCAAGAUGGCCCACGACAUCUACAUCAAGGUUGGAGAGGACCCCGUCUUCUCUGAGACCUGUAAGAUUGAUAACAAGUUCCUCUCCCUGAACUACCUGGCCAGCUACAUCCAGCCCCAGCCAUCCACAGGGUGUGUUCUCUCAGGUCCUGAUCAUGAGCAGGAGGUCCACAUCAUUGAUCUCCAGGCACCAAACUCCAGCAGUGCAUUCCAAGUGGAUGUGAUCGUGGAUUUAAGGCCGCUGGAUGGUGACACCCCACUCCAUCGUGACAUUGUGUUGAUUCUGAAGUGUGAAAAGCCAGUGAAUUGGGUGAUCAAAGCCCACAGCAUCAUCGGCAAACUGGACAUUGUGACGUCAGAUACUGUCGGCCUGAAUGAUGACACAGAAAGACUGAUGCAGGUGUCCAAGACGGUCAAACAGAAGCUGCCCGCAGGAUCUCAGGCUCUGAUCCAGUGGGCAGAGGAAAAUGGAUUUAAACCCGUCACUUCCUACACCAGCACCCCUGUCGCCAACCACUUCAAACUGCGCCUCAGAGAACAAGACCUAGGGAUCAUGGAUGAGGGAAUAUUCCCACCAGAGCUGUCCAUUCUCCGCAAUACCAACCCACUUCCAAAGCCAAGCGCCCGGGAUUCCCCUGCACCGAAUGGGUUCCCAUUCCCCUUUCUGCCAUCCAUGGAGCAGGGCCUGUCAUUUCCACCUCUGAUGCCAUCUCUCGAGGAACGAGUCAACCCGGCUGGGGGUCCAGAGGAGCAGCAGGGAUCUCAGAAUGUAGGAUUCAGUGUGCAGUGUGAGAAGAACAAAAUGGUGGUCAGCAUUGACAAGGAAACUCUACAGGCCAAUGGGUUUGGAAAACCCAAUAUCACUCUUCAGGACUCCCAAUGCAAAGCAACCUCCAAUACCACCCACUAUAUACUGGAGACGCCCCUGUCUGGCUGCCAAACCACCAAAUUCCCCUCCCACCCCAGCCCAGUGGUCCUCUAUAUCAAUUCAAUUGUUAUUAGCCAAUCGGAACAGAAGGAUGGAAGCGGCUGGCCCGUUGAUGAUGAAGAUCUGGAGUCAGGAGAUGUCGUAUCACCAGGAGAUCCGGAGGUGACAGAAAGAAUUUUUCCAGAAAGCAGACAUCGUGCGAAUAUCUUGUUCAACUGCACAUACCGUAAGAACCAGGACACUCCACUUGACAGUGAUAUUGGAUCUGAUGAUUUCCUUGUAGACUCUCUAGACAAUGUUACCUUCAACAUGGAGCUGUAUAACAAUCCCUUCCACUACCCCAUCACUCAGUCAUUCCUUACCAUCACUGAGAACAGGCCCAUCUAUGUGGAGAUUUCAGCCACAAAAGCCGACCCUAACCUUGGGUUCAUGAUCCAGACCUGCUUCAUAUCUCCAGACUCCAAUCCUCUCAUGCCGUCGGACUACGUUGUCAUAGAGAACAUAUGUCCCAAGGAUGACUCUGUUCUCUAUUACCCUCAGCGAAGUGAUUUCCCCAUCCCUCACGCCCAGAUGGACAAAAAACGCUUCAGUUUCACCUACAGAUCAAAGUUCAACGUAUCAUUGCUCUUCCUGCACUGUGAGAUGUCCCUCUGCUCCAGAAGAAAUGACAAGGAGAUGAACCUGCCAGAGUGUAUGUUACCGGAUGAAGCGUGCACUUCCCUCAGUGUGGACAACAUCCUACUCAUGAUGAUGAAUACCAAGACCUUCACCAAGCCAAUGGUGGUCAUCUCCGACAACACACCUGUCACUGUUAAGGUCCCUGAGGACAUAUUUCCAAAACAUCAAGCAGGCAUCAUAUAUAUGUUGGACACCCCGACUGUAGUGGGCAUCGCUUUUGCUGCCUUUGUGAUCGGAGCCCUUCUGACUGGAGCUCUAUGGUUCAUCUACUCACAUACAGGUGGCACAGGAGCGAGGCAGCAGGUGCCAAAAUCCCAGCCGGUGUCUGAGAACAGCAGUGCGGCUCACAGUAUCGGCAGCACACAGAGCACGCCGUGUUCAAGCAGCAGUAAUGCAUAGAGCAGCUGGACAGACUGCUGCUUCCAUUGGUGUUAUGCUUUGGAGAAGAAUGGAAGAAUAUGUGAUUUAGUAGCACAUCUUGAAAACACCAGGCCUUAUUAUUUUCAUUAUUUGAACUGAAAUGUUUAGGCUGAAUAUACAACUGGAUGAAACAAGCUACGUUUAGAGGUGAGGGAAAUAACAAAAUCAAGAUCCCAGACAGUUUUUAAAUGUUGCUUUUUUUUUAACCCCACAAGAGAGUGUUGUUUUUGCCUUAUAUGGUUGAGAUCAACGUGAAAAUAACAAAGGCUGUUUACACCAGCCAUUAUGGCAUGAAGGCGGUCAGAGGAACAGUUAGUACUCAGUGAGGUUUCGCAAGGGUUCUGUCUGCACCUAAACAAAGAUUAGUGCUUUGCCCAAUCAAGCAUACAUAUAUAAGAAAUUUGACAAGAGAAAUUACUUUUACAUUUCUUAGUCCUGAUAAAUGAUUUUAAUGGUCAGUUUGUCCAUGUCUGACUUUUAAUACCCAGAUGCCAAUCAUUGAAUUCUACAUUAUAGUGUAUAGUGUUCUUGAAGACCAGCCGUCUUCUUGAUUCAGACGCCGAGAGUGAAUGGUGUAAAAAGCCUUUAUCAGAGGACAGUUUUUGGCAUAUUGUAAAAUAAUGUAUAUUCUGUUAAUAUUGUAUGGAAUGCAUAGAAAUUUAAAGUGGAAAUAACUCCAUAAAAAGCUAAAUCAAAUAUUUAUCAAACGUUUUAUACACCAUUUAGAAGAUAAUUUUAAAAUUAAACAAUUAAUCAUAAAGCCUAAUAUAAAAGAAUUUACAUAUAUACAUGCAUAAGCUCUUUUCCAGAAUUAGCCUUUUAAAGAUAGUUGCAAAAUAAUAAAAAGAAAAUUCUAACUUAAAAUAUGAUGUUCAGUUAAUUCCCUCCCAAAUUUUGAUGUUCGAUAGCCACUGUUAGUCUCUGUACAGAUAAUUACAGAUAAUAAGCAUUUUAUGAGUCCAAAAUGGACUUCUAUAUUUUAUAGAAUGUUAUUUUUAAAUGCUGGGCAUUAUUAUUCAACAUGAGUAUAAAAGGUAAUGAUUUCAAGAAACAGCAGACUGUUAUAUUUUGUCCUUAAAUUACUAAAUCAAAAUGAGUAUUUGUUGAGAAUGAUUUAAACAGUCUCCAUGUGCCUAGUCACAAAAGAUGUACAUAAUCUGAUUUCAAAGAAUGGGCGUAUACGUUCAGGUACUAACCUACCACUAAAGUCAACACAAAAUCAACAUUUCUCAACAAAAUCAUUACUUUAUUUCUGCUGUGUAUGUGAAGUUAACAUUUUGGGAUUUUUUUUUUUUUAAACAAAGCCAGAGUAAUCCCACCGUCUAAACUUUACAUGAAUGUUAUUACAUUAUAUGUGCCUUAACUUUGAGUAUAUGAUAAUUUCAGAGAUAAAAUGAGGCAAGAAGGGAAGUGGUGUUUGCUUUGCUUUAAGCACAGUAUAUACCCUCUGAUGUGAAAAUCUGCCAAAUCUGUGCAUGUGGUUGUUUUUAAUAUCUAAUGUUGCUUUUUUGUUUGUGUUGCUUGCUACAGACUGUACCUAUAGAAUGUACUUUAUUUCAUUGUAAACGUGUAUAAAUGUCUCCUGUAAGAGGAAAGAGAGUAAGAAUUUUAACAUUUAUUUGUGUAUAAAGUUAUAUUUUUCCAGAGAUAUAUAUAUAUAUACAUAGAGCCACCCUAUAAUUCUAUCUACAUACUGUGAAUUUUUGUGGGCAUAUUUCUAUAAAAUGUUGCGUGUUUUCUCUAAAUCUAAACAUAGUCCAUAAUGCUGAAGUGAGCUGCAUUCACUUAUAUGUUCCUGACAUAAUCAUAUAAAAUAAGAUUUUAUUAUAGAUAUAUUUUUUACAAGUAUCUUUUAUAUGAGAACACUAUAUUAUUUGGAAUACAAAAUAUAUUUUGAUGAUGCAAAUUUUUUUAUCUCUCUUUUAAGCUCUUCACCAUUUAAGUGUCUGCGUGUGUUUGGUCACACUAUAGCUCUAUGUAUCCAUGUAUGUGGGUUUAAAUGAAUGAUUAUAUGCAUAGUCCUUGUAUUGUGUCUUUUGGGAAUGUUUAAAACAAUGCUGUCAUGUCAAACAGAGUUUGAAUCUCUUAUAGGUGUAAUCAAGAGUCAUGUAAUGGCUGUAGAGGUAACAGAGGCCUUGUUGGUUUUAUAAAAAAGGUCUUUCUCUCAUUCCAGUAAACACUAUUGUAUUGUAAGUUCACACUGCUGUGUUUGACACAGUGGUUUUCCUGUACGUUGAAUGGUGAAAUGAUUGUGCUGUCUUUCUGUUUAUCUACCUCAGUGUGUCUAUGUGUGUAUAAGGUUUCACUGUCUUGACAUCAAGAAUAUGUUACUGUACAUAUUGUGUGGAUCUUGAUGUUACAUAAAAUAUAUCACAUCAAAUGUUUUAUCUUCCAGUUCUCUCCAUAUCAGUCACCAGGCUUUCCAACAAAAGAGGAAAGUCUGAAAGAUGUAAAUGUGAACAUUUUCAGGCUGUCUUGCUCUGAAACUACACACUAUUUGUGAAUAGUUUGUUUUUGUUUUUUUCUCCAAUGGUAUGUGAAACCUUGUAGUGUUUGUAAAUACAAUGUGCUGUAAAUAUGCAUGCUAUAUGUAUGCUCUGUAUAUACCAAAUAAAUUCUUGUAAUCUUU